AUGCUCACUGUCCGAUGCAAAUACGAAGGGGAAUUUGACAGUGCCAGCAUACUUCUGCCUUUCUUGAACUCCCAUAUGAGAAAGUUUUCGUCAGUCAUUACUGCAAGCGAUAUAGUAUUUCAGAAACGCUCUCCAGUAGCCGCAGUUGUUUCCAAAGCGAUCCUGAAGUCAUCGGAAAAUGGAGAGCUGAAAAUUUUGGAAGACAAGUGGUUUUCUCCCUCGCGGGAGUGCUCAAGCAAUGCAACUGACAAUAAUACAACUGAAAGCUUGAACCUCCAAAGCUUCUGGGGUAUCUACAUUAUAACUGGUACCACUUCGACAGUCUGUUUUCUCCUAUCUCUAUUUCGGUUGCUGAAGAAUUACCAUCAGAAAGAAGAGGAGGACAGAGGCAAUGCAACUCCAAGUGAUAAGAGUGUUAGGGGAAAAACAGUUACUCCAGCGAGGUAUAUCUAUCAUGGAGAGACUGUUAUCCCUGGAGGAUCUCCAAUUUCUUCUCCUUCGCCUGAUAUUCAUGAACGGGACUCUUCAAGGUGGGAAUUAUCUAGUCCUGAAGAUACUCCAUAG